UUGACAUAAUCUGCAAGGAUAGACAGGAUGUGAACCCUCUCCAGUUGAUUCUGCCUGGUUUGAUCCAUCGUAUCCUGUUGACGGCAUGCUGGGGUUCGAGAUGAUUGUGAGGAGUUCUAUCGAUUUACCCAUCCGGCCAAGUUUGGAAGCACAGUUACACUAACGUGUGAUCCAUGUUAUAUGACAGAACCCGUAGCACUGUGGAGAAGAGCGACCGGGGCGUCGAUUAAAAGUGUAACAUCUUGGAGGUCCAUUAAGUUCGACCUUACUGGUAAAUCAAACCUCGUUCUAAGACACAAUAUGGCACUCACCAUCAAACGCGUUGGCGAUGCAGAAGCUGGGAUUUAUGCGUGCUCAAGAUUAAACAAACCGAAGAGUUUGCAUCAUGUUGUGAUACGUCCCAAUAUAAAGCCAAUGCUUGAAAUCGAUUGGGAUUACAAUGGUAAAACAAUGCAGAAGCUAAUUGAAGACAGGAAAGAGCCGUCAGAAUUCAUGUUCAGAUGGGACGAAUGGUCGGGUUGUACAUCAUGCGGCACCAAGGGUACAUCAGCUUCGGGUAGAAGAUACCGGAUGGGGUACGCUCAUGAAAUGGUUCAAACAGCCGAUGCAUACCACAAUGGAGUUCCUUAUAAAGAAUCUCUUGGUUUAUGGGAUCGUCGAUUUUGGGACCAUCUUAAGGAUCCCAUCCACGAAGAUAUGCGGGUUAGACAAAAGUGCUUACCUACCUGCCGGCAAAGUAAUGGAAGGAAAUUUGCAGACCAAAUACAGAGUUACCAAAAACCUGAUUGUAGCUUUACCAAGCAUGUUUCAGUCGAUUUUGUGCGUCUAGGAAGUACCAUUAGGCUCAUCUGUGACUGGUGUGCCAAACGUUACGGCGGAAUUAAGUGGUUCAAGCUAAAUGGGGACCUACGUACAAGAAGUGAGAUUACCUAUGACUGGCACGAGAACGAGAGCCGCAAUCGUAUUGUGCUGAACUACGACAUGUCAUUGGAGAUAAGACGGGCUAGAGCUACGGACGAGGGCAGCUACACAUGUUUUGACAGCUCCGUUAACCCAGCCGCCCUUUUGUACAUAAAGCUUACCCUUGCUAGUUUGAGUUCCCAUUUGUUAUAUACAAAAAACACAAGACACGCCCUGCAUGUUGUGGACACCACCAAGACAGGGAAGAGAGAGAGACUAUACAGCGGAAGGAAGCGCGUCUUCACCAAGUGGAGCGCGUGGGGACCGUGCAGUAGCUGCGGUGAGCCUGGAAAACGUGCACGAAUAGGUACCUGCUUCAUUUUAGACAAAUACAGAAAGCAAGAAUUCAUCGACUUCCCGUGCUUCCGACAUGACAAUAAUUUAAAGGCGUUAGGAUGGGUAGGCAUGAGCAGUUCUGAAAUGAGAAAGAAAGGUGAAGCAUACACGGAUGAAAAAGAGAUCCAAUCCUGCAAUGUGCCAUGUGCAUCGUUAGUUGAGUAUGACCCGUUUUCUGCAGUUGCAAAAGAAUAUAAAGCAGCUGGAAAGGAAAAAGACUCAGCGUUGGAGAAAACAAAAGUUGAACAGACAAAGGUGCAUAUUUACGUAAAAGAUGACGUCACUCUUCCCUGUCCACAGGCCACAGACUCUGACGUCAUAGAGUGGAAGAACUCCAUUCUCACUUCAAUGCCGUCAGCAUCGAGCGAUUCGAACUUGCCUCGUGUGUACGUGGACGUACAAAAAGGAAGCCUACACAUCUCCAAUGCCAGCUUAUCAGACAGCCACUCUUAUCACUGCUCGUUGAAUGGAAUACGCGUUUUAUCUACACGAUUACUUGUCUCAAAGCAAAUCGUGGACAUGCAAGCUCUCAAAGAGAGUUCUCUCUACCUUGGAAAGGUCCUCUUUUUCACCACAGUAAUCUUCGUCAUCAUCACGACUGUUAGAGUCAUCUUGAAAUAUGUACUGGAUUAUAUGAUACCCAGUCGUCGUAUAUAAAUCUCACCGUGGUCACUCGUUAUAAACGAGUCGCAACCAGACUACCGAUGUUGCAGCGUGAAGUAUGCAAACUGCCAGUGGCUGAAGCAGCGGGAUCGUGGGGGCGCCUUGAUCAGAAACAUGCCUCGCCCCACCCCCAGAAAUAAAUUAUCAAAUCAAAUAUAAACAAGUAAGACUUAAAAAUUAGUUAAUUAGUUGUUAAUUAAUAAGUUAAUAAAAAAAAAUUAAUUAUAAACUACGAAAGUCCAAUGUCUAGUUAUCGCAGUUUUCAUGUUCACAAUUUUAUUUUGGAAACAGUUUUGUUUUUGUUCGUGUGUUGAAGUGUUUUGAGCGUUUUGAGAGUAGGCCUAGUUAAAGUCACCUGGAAAUAGAUUUUUUUUUUCUUUCAAACAUAAGAGUAUAUGCUUACGAACAAUAAA